AUGAUGUCGCCUGGACCCCCUCCUCAACCCAUCUAUCCACACCAGGCACGGAACGCAAUACCGUCAUCGUCUCCAAUGGCCCAGUCGCCGCGGCCUAUGCCCUCCGCAGUAUUUCAACCCCACAACCACCCCCAACUCCCGCCGCCCAUAUUUGGAGGUUCACAGGUUGCAGCAGUACAUUUCUCCGGACCAGUAUUGGCGCCACUAGCGAAUCCUUGCUCCGGUGCUAGUGCCGGCGGACCAGUAUUACCGCCCCCUGUGCAGUCGCAACAGCCAUCGACUCACAUUCCACCGCAGAAUACGCUCCCUCCGCAACACGUUCCGAGUCCCUUACAGACUCGUGGCAAAAAUGAGGGAAAUCAGGUCUCAAACCGGUUUGCACGACUUAUGCCAUCACAACCCUUUCCAUCUCCCGCGUCUUCGGGGUACCCAUCGCCUUCGCCCUUUAGCGUCGAUCAAAGCUAUGGCUCGAGGAGGUUCAGCGGGGAUUCCGGGCCAGAGCGACGAAGAUCGAGCAUUAGCGCUAUGAUACCUUCACCAACAUACACUGCGAAGCGCUCAAUCGAUGAGGGCUUCUCGGAUGAACACCAGCAGCAGCAACAGCCUUCGGGUUAUGGCCCAAGGUUUACGCCGGCAUCCGUAGAAGAUGUCGCAACUACUCGUAGAGAGGCCCCUGUUCAGAGAAGUCCUGGUCGUUACCAAAUCCAGGUGCGGCAACAACCAGUAGCAGCUCGAGCAUGUGGUUUCGGUGAGCGAGACCGCAGGGUGAUCGACCCACCUCCAAUCGUUCAACUGAUCAUAAACGACUCAGCAGGGAACUCAGAUCCGACGGAGAUGCGUUACCCGUUUAAUGUCGUUCAUUGCACGUUGUGGAGCACAGAUGGACAAUCGGAUGAGACGGCCCUGAUAGGCAUGGAUAAAAGACAGACGCGGCGACUUAUGGGAACGUUGGUCUCGUCACCAUUUGGUUGUUUUUUCUGCUUUCCGGACCUAUCAUGUAGAACGCAUGGCAAAUAUCGAUUGCGAUUCGUCCUAAUGAGACUCGAGCCCAGUGACCUGCAGCCUGAGGGUUAUACACCAAUAAUAACGGAGACGUUGAGCGACAUUUUCACGGUCUAUACGGCGAAGGAAUUCCCGGGGAUGAGGCCUAGUACCUCUUUGACCAAAGCGCUCAAAAGGCAAGGGUGCGCUAUUUCAGUCAAGAAAGGCAACGAGAAGGCUCUUGGAGGGGCUCCCGGUGGUAGCGGAAAGGAUGAGGGUAGUGGAGAUGAUACACCCUCAACAGCAGCAGGGAAGCCCAAACGCAGAAGGAAAACAUGAUGGAGGCGUAGGAUUCAAUGGGCAAGAGAUGGUGAUGGGGGGUUUAGGUUCGGGGUAAAUGUAUUUUUUACUCCCAAGGAAUAUUGGCAAUCUUUUUUUUUUCCGUCUCCCUCUUCUCUCUUGUUUGAAGUAGGCUUUUUUUUCUGGAAACGGGCACCUCCCCACCCUCUUAUUUCUUGAGAACGGACGAGGGAUUAUUUCCGGAAAAGGGGUGUGAGAAGCGAUGGGACAACUGGUGAUAAUGGGGAUGCCCGAUUGCCCAUGGGGACAUGCAAUGUCCACGGCCUCUUCCUUUCUCCUUUCUUUCUUUUCUCUUUUGAGCCGUUUCCCUUCCAAGGCGGGUGCUGUGGGAACACGAGGGGUGAGUGGUAGGUCGCAGAACUCAGUCACAGUUUUGGUUAUUGGGCGCACAUGGAUGAAUGCAUUUCUAUAGGACAGGUGGUAAGGGAAACUAGGGAACCUCCCUUUUCUUUCUUUCUCUCUUUCUCUCUCUUAUUUCCUCGACGAGCUCCUUCUCAACAAUAUCACUCCCUAAUGCUUCUUCGCUUUCCAUUUUUGCUUAGCAUGUGCUCAGCCUGGAUAGCAGAGAAUUUGAGAGAGCAAGGUCAUAUAUACAAGCUGUCCUCACGGGAUUCGGGAAGGGUUUUCUAUUAUUUUUACUACUGUUUCCACUAUUAUUAUUAUUACUAUCAUACUACCACUACCAUCAUUCUUGAUGUUUUUUUUUUUUUUGAGACUCUUCUUAUAUACGUUCCUCAUCCUACCUCAGUUUAUUCCUAUACAUUCGAUAUUUGUGUGGCUCAUAUAUAUGUUCAUUGUUCAUACAGGACUUUCUUUUGUAUGUUAUUUUAUUUUUUCUGUUGCUCUUGCUCUUUUCUUUCUCUACUUUUCCAGGCCUGAUGUGUUGCUUCAACUCUCCCAUCUUGCGAUAGCCUGAGGUCGAGCCCCUCCCCCCCCCUCCCUACGGUACUUACCUCCUCGCCGUCUUCCUAAUAACCACGGCCGCCUUUCUUUCUUUCCUUCUCACUUAUUUUUUUCUCUCUAUUUUCUCCCUGUCUCCAACACUGGAAAAUAAACCCCC